UGCAAGAUAACAAACCAGCGUUCCAUUGCUGCCGCAAGUGACUUAGAACCAAUGCUGCGACAGACACUCGCCGUGAGAUGGUGGCGUGUAGUUGUGUCAGUGGCAGAUACCUAUACCGGGAACAACGGAUGGAAGAUAUGCACCGACUUGGCAGACGGGAGCUGGGAAAUAUAGUUUCCCGUUGCAGUAGUAACCUGAGAUCCCAAUGACCCCAGUUCUAUGUUUACCCGUGACUUGCUCCUGAUGAUAAUGCAGAAGAAACUGGUGUCGACGUGUGCAUGCUCAUUGCUGUGCUGCAUGUGUGGCAUGAACUAACCAUGGCGUGUAUUGGAUGCGUACUGCACAGGUGGGGAAAUUAACAUCUUGUGGUGAUAUAUUGUGCAAGUGGUAAUUAUUGCACAUUCUAUCAAAUUCACAAAGAACUCUCUGGAAAAUAUUUAGCAAAGCUGAAGCGAUUAUCGGAUUACCCCUUCAGUACCUGGAGUGAAUACCGCCAGUUCUUGUUGGAGGAUAUAUGCAAACAGUUGACACACUCUUCUGGACAUUUUGAUUCUAUAGAUAAACAGCAAUUAGCCAAGGCUCUAAGCACAGCAUAGUAUGAACCCAGAACCCAUAUCAUUAUCAGAAGAACAGAUAUCUGAAUUUAAAGAGGCGUUUUCUCUGUUUGACAAAGACGGGGAUGGCACUAUAUCCCACAAGGAGCUCGGUGUUGUCAUGCGGUCACUGGGCCAGAACCCCACAGAAGAGGAGCUGCAGGAGAUGAUCAAUGAGGUGGAUGCUGAUGGUAAUGGCACCAUCGACUUUGAGGAAUUUCUCCAAAUGAUGGCGAAGAAGAUGAAGGAGACAGAUAAUGAUGAGGAGUUACGGGAGGCGUUCCGUGUGUUCGAUCGAGAUGGAAAUGGUUUCAUCAGCGCUGCUGAGUUGCGGCACGUCAUGACAAAUCUGGGAGAAAAGUUAACCGAUGAAGAAGUUGAUGAAAUGAUUAAAGAGGCUGACGUUGACGGCGAUGGAAUUAUCAGCUUCGACGAUUUCAUGACCUUCGCCAACCAGCUAUUGUUUUCAUAUGGGCCGUUUUGAUGUCGGAAACAAGGUUUUAAAAAUAGCCCCAAGUUCCUGUCCGGACUGAGACUGUACCCAGCUCCUCGAUGACGAAUUACAGUGUGCAUCUCCAAGAGACUCAGGGGCUAAGAGUACAGUAGAGUCAUACGACCCAUAUGCAAAAAAAAAUGAUUAUGCCCGGGACUGUGUGAGGACUGGCACUUUGAUGCCAUGGGUAUCAGUUACUUUGGGAUAUGUGCCAGCCACUUGUUCUCCUGCGGAAGUUCCUGCAGGCCACCAUCGUCGCCUGCAGCAGUGCUCCCAUUCCAUGUUGUACUCACUACCACCUGGAGUCUUUGCUUUGGUGCACACAGUAGGUUGUAGUUGCAUAUCGUCUCACCAUGAAGUUGGUGUGCGCCAUGUAUGUGUGGUAAAAAUGUAAGUGACGCCAGAAUAUCGGUGUAGACAUAGCCGUGUGAACUAUUCAUGGCUUUGCCUUCAAGCCAGAUUCACGUAUGAACGAAUUCGUGCAUGUAAUUAAAACGAUGUUCUAUUUUUAAAAAGACAAGAUACCCGUGCCCUUAGUCCACUAUAUGUGUAUAUUUUAAGAUGUAAGUAAAGUUUUCAAAUCGGUAAGUUUGUCAAAUAUUUUAUCAGGAGCAUGCUAUUUGAGUACGAACAAGCCUUUGACCAAAGUAAUUAUGCUCUGAAGACAGAUCGGUAACUUGAAAGUUAAACUAAUAGUUAUUGUUCAAGGUUAUCACAAUGAGUCUAAGCAAGCUCUUUUGACCCGAGUAUCUAAGACAUGUUCUUGUAAAUACAGUACAGAUCUGUAAGUUUACAUUUUAACUAAAGAUUAAUUUUUCAAGGUUUUCCCGAGAAGCGGAAGCUAAACUUUGACCAGGGUAAUUAUGACAUGUUGUAAAAUAAUCACAGACGUAUGUUGACAAUCCACCUUGGAUGUGGUGGUAGUAUUGGUUCGCAGAAGGUCACAUUGGUCGAAAGAAGUGACGGGUAUGGGUCGGAUGAUCAGGUUCUGUGACUCGGAUGACAGUGUGUCACCCUACCCUGGUUGUGCUAAUUGUUGCUAAUUUUUGCCCGAUCCAGACAAACAUAUUUAAUGUUUUACACACAGUGACAUAGCUUAAGAUAGUAUUCCACAACAAACACUAGUUUUACGAACUUUCGAAAUCAUUUACAACCAGUUUCUUACCAUUAAACUCCUCUAUAUACUAGUAUUUGAUCAUCUAAAAAUAUUCGAUAUUUUUUCCGAGACUGAAACAGUGGACAGUUUAUUGUCGAGCAAAUAGCGUUAGGAGCACAAACUCAUAUGUCGAUAUUUAGGCACAAGUGUCGUAAACAUAGUAUGAUAUGGGCACGAAUAAAGUAUUCUGUUUAUUACCGAGUUCGUCAAUUUGAGGAAAAUAAACCCAA